CCUAAAGCUAAAUGUAAUAAAAAUAUAAAAUGCUGCCACCUCCACCAAAGCCAAAUUCGGUAUUUUUGCAUAGCAUAAUUCAACACCAACAACGAAAACCCCUCAAACCCUAGCCACAAACUUUUCACCUUCGACAAAGGAAAGCUCACACACGAAUCGUAAUCAAAGGCAGCUGUAUCUACAAAUUUUGCUGGCAAAAAAUGGUGCCAGUCAAAUUUCUGGCAAAAUCACGGCCGUUGAUCAGGUCGACGAACAUCAGAUUCAUCUCCACAUUCUUUCACCUCCGGCAGGAAUCACAGCUGCCGGAGCCUCCCCCGCCGCGUCUGCCUCCGCCGUCAUUUACUGCUCCUGGCAGCUGGGGAAGCAAUUUCUCAUCCACUUCUCCGGGCGUCUCUGCGGCUCAGAUUCCGAUCAGCCUCGGAUUUCUACGAAUGAACUCGCGGGCGGAGGUGCAAAUGAUGUCGCAGACGUUCAACACUAAGGAUUUAAUGGAUCAGUUCGCGAAAUGGAUGACGUCACUUAGGUGGGCGGAUGUGAAGGAGCUAUUUGAGCUCUGGGUUAAGGCUUUGGAUAGCAGUGGGAAGCCAAACAAACCUGAUGUUAACAUUUACAAUCAGUAUCUGCAGGCGAAUUUGUUGUUGGGGGCAUCUGUGAGUGAAAUGCUCAAUCUCGUGGCCCAAAUGGACGAUUAUGGGUUAUUGCCUAAUACGGCUUCGUUCAACCUUGUUCUCAAGGCUAUGCUGCAGGCUGGGACAUCUCAGGCUGCUGAGACGCUGAUCCAAAGUUUUGUGGGAGACAUUUUUUUCUGCUCAAACAUGAGUAAAUUUCUCACAGUACUUAUUUUGAUGGGCAAGUAUUACUUCAUUGACGUCAGGAUGCUUCAGAUAGGAAAAGAAUAUGAGAAAUCUCUACCUGAUGGCGAGUCUUAUGACUUGAUAAUUGCCUUGCUACUCUCCACAAACCAGAUUAAUGCUGUCCUCAAGUACAUAGAUUUGACGUUGGCAUCGGGAUACGAACUUUCGGCAAAAUCAUUCAUUGGAUGUAUCCAGAGGUGUGUUAACAACGGGAGGCUGGAUACACUGAAAAUGGAUCAGAACAAAUCUUUAUGUCCUCCUUGGUACAUAUGCAAUUACAUUGCUGAUGUUGCCAUGCGGGCAGAUAACAAUGAUUUGGCUUAUUAUGCGCUCAUGUUCUUUGCAAACUGGAUCACGCGAGGGGAAAACGCAGACCCUGCAGUUUUAUUGUCUGUAAAUGAAGGGUUAGUUGUAUCUGCACUUGGGACUGCUGGUAGGACGUUCAAUUCUACCCUUUUGGAGGGUUCGUGGGCCAUACUGAAGAGAUCAUUGAGGCAAAAGACGGUUCCUAGCCCUGCAUCUUACCUUGCAAAAAUACAUGCUUAUGCGAAUAUGGGGAACUUGAAGCAGGCUUUUAGCACCCUUCAAGAACUCGAGGAGGUUCAUGGAAAUUGUAGUCAGGAAGAUGAGGAAGGUCUUUUCUCUCCUUUUUAUUCUUUGAGCCCUCUGGUGGUUGCCUGCGCAAGGGAUGGUUUCAGAACUUUAGAUAUGGUUUACCACCAGCUGGAGAUUUUAACUCGAAAUGAUCCUCCAUACAAAUCCAUUGCCGCUCUAAAUUGUGUAAUUCUAGGCUGUGCAAACAUUUGGGAUCUUGAUCGUGCUUACCAGACAUUUAAUGCCAUUACGGCCAUUUUCGGUUUGACCCCGAACUUGCACUCUUACAAUGCCCUGUUAUUUGCCUUUGGGAAGCUUAGCAAGAGAGAUGAAGCUGUAAAAGUAUUUGAGCACUUUGUUGGGUUAGGCGUGAAACCAAAUAUGACUACGUAUUCUCUACUCAUUGAUGCUCAUCUUUCAGUUCGGGACCCCAAGUCUGCUCUGGCCGUGAUUGACGACAUGAUACAUGCUGGGCAUGAACCCUCGAAAGAAAUGCUUAAAAAGAUUCGAAGGCGGUGUGUCCGUGAGAUGGAUUAUGCAUCUGACGAUAAAGUCGAGACUUUGGCAAAACAAUUCAAAAUCCGGAUGGGUACAGAGGUUCGCCGUGACCUGCUGUUUAGUUUUCAGUACAGCACGGAUUAUUCAUGAGGCAGUAGUUCUUUUUUUUUCUUCUUAUUUGGAUAAUUUUAUCAGUAGAAAUGAAUUCCUCCCCUCCAUUUGCUUUGGAUUAGCUGUUAUUGAUUAAUGUUGUUUGUAGAGUUUUUAACAGUAAAAUCCCGUUGAGAAGUUGUUUCAAAUAUGGGUUCGUCACUUAAGAUUAUAGAGGUAUUUUUCUGUGUUUUGCAAAUUCCUAGUUGCAAGUAUACGUGGCCAGGGGCCUAGUCCGAAGUUGAACCCCUGUAAUGGACAGGCUUGUUUUGGGCCCUGAUAAAUUAGUUACCGAUAUGUCAGUUUUGGGCCAGGCCGGACUCGGAACAGGAUGGCCCACUAUCUGUCAAAUUUUAAAA